CCUCAGGUUUGUUUCUAUCUGCCUUUUGAGCAUUGCAGAGAUGUUUUUGCCUAAUUUGCAGCUGCAUAAAUUAGCCAUCAGGGGGUGGAAAUGUAGAGAAACAGAGACACCUAGUGGGCAGAAUAAGCCACUGCAGCAUGCAACCGAAACUCACUUCCAUGCAAAGUGAAAGUAAAACCAAACUUUGCAUGUAACUGAGUGUGUUUAUAGCAACGGGAGCUGAAAAAAGGCGCGUUAGCAGUUAGGUGUGAUGUUUGCAGAGCUUCAUGUCUGCAGCCGUGAUGGACACCGACUACCGGGAGGCCAGCCGCUCCCUGGUGGUCUCCGGUGUGCCCGACGUGCUGCCCGUCAGCAGGAUGGUCGACAAGCUCACUAUUCACUUCCAGAGUUACAGGAGGAGCCGCGGAGGAGACGUGGAGGAGGUCAGAUACCCCACAAACAUGGACGGAGUCGCUUUUGUCAUUUUUGACCAAGCUGCAGAUGCAGACCGGGCGGCGGCGAAGAAGCGACACGUCAUGACGGACGACGAGUUUCCUGCAGACUACCGGCUCACCGUGUUCCCGUUCACCAGAGACGUGUUUUUUUACGUCCCCAGCGCUACGGUGGAUCUCUCGCUGUUCGGCGAGGAUCAGACGUCGCUGAUUCGGAGCCUGCGGUCCGCUCACCGCUCGCUCCGUUUCGAGCCUGAACCCGAGCUGAUGAAAGCCACGAUCGAGGGGCCUUUCGCUGCCGUCCGGGCCCUGAGACAGGACCUCAUCUGCAGGGCAAGCCGGCUUAAACUCACAACUCAAACUGCAGCCGCCAAACCAAAAGAAACUCCUAAUCCGAGUGUAAUAUCUCCUGUCGGCUCCUCUAAAGCUAAGCCGGGACCGGGGAGCUCAAACUGCUUAUCGCCGCCGCUGCAGACCACAGGUGAGGCGCCGCAAAGCCAUGCAAGAACUCAAAACGUUACCACCAGGCGGAAAGUUUUUAAAAAGCAGGAGCAGACAGAUUAUCAGACAGAGGCCUCCUCCAAACCAGAGGAAAUAUCUGCCAAACAUCCAGGAGGAGACGCUUCAGAGGAACGCUCCAGACUCGACAGGAUCUCUGCAGCUCAGAUCAGAGAAACUGACUAUGUGACGGGAUCAGAUCACAGCAGCUCUGCUCCGAACCUGCAGCCCAGACCGAGAGAUGUCACAGAGCUGCAGGAUCAGGACGAUAUGAGCUUCUGGGUCGACUCGUACACGCUCAGAUACAUGGAGAAGUUUGACAGGAGGAGGUUAGACAGGUGUUUGAGAGGUCCGUACGUGAAGCGUGAAGGAGCCGAGCUCACGCGGAUCACGCUGACUGACAGGAAAACGUCUGCAGGCGUCCGGAAGUCUCUGGAGGAUCUGGUUCAGGACUGGCAGCAGUUGUUAAGAGUUCAUCAGAUCGACUUUGUCCAGAAGGAGAAACAGAAACUGAUUAAAAUCUGCGAUGAUGUGAAUUUGCUGUUCACAAACGUUCUUUACAUUCUGGAGGAUUCGUGUGUGAAAAUAGUCGGCUACUCAACAUCAAGUCACCUCUUCUGUGAAUGGGUGCAGAGAGAUUUAAAGGCACUCUGAGGAGCAAAAUUACAUGACUGCACUUUUAUAAAUGACCACAGGGUGGCACUGUUGUUCACAAAACCAGCUCCUGCAGAAUGUGUCUUAAAUCAAUUCUAUUUUAAAUGUUUGCUAUGAAGGAUUAUCCUAAAAAACAAUGUAGAGGUGCUGCCUCCUGUCUGUAUUUUCACGUCUUUUUACUUUUUUCUGUGUUCAAGACCAAUAUUUUAUGCAUUUAUAAUUCAUCUAAAUUAUACAUUUUCCAUUUAAGUUCAUUCCAAAUUCACAAACUCGAUGUCUGUGCAAAGUGAAGUCCAAAAAAGCUGCAAAAAUAACUCCAAAGAGAAAAACAUGGAGUUUUAAGAUUAAGGUUUCAUGUUUUUUUACAGCCACAGUUUUGAUUCCUGUGUUAUACUUGUGUUGUUAUUUUUAAUUUUUUACUGUCUCAUAAUUAAAAAACUGUAUCUGCUACAUGUUUAAAUUCAUCACUCUUGGUCUCGUGUUGAAGCCUCCCUUCUGCUAAUAAAUGGGUUAAUAACUAUUAGGCCUUUAAACAACAGGUAACAACAGCAGGAGGUCUAAGUCUUAAUUAACCUCUUCACAUGUUAAUUAGAAAAGAUCAGCUUCUAAUUAAAAAA